AUGCAAUCCCAGAAAGCCGUUGUUACCCAGUCAUUGGGUCAUGCCGAGUUCAUCACAAACUGGCCUAUCCCCCCCCUCCGGAACGAUGAUAUUCUGGUUCGAACUGUCGCCGUGGCCUUGAACCCAAUUGACUGGAUGCUCUUGGAGACUACCCCGUCCCCUCAUGCAAUCAUGGGGCAUGAUUAUGCCGGAACAGUAGUGGCAGUCGGAGAUUCCGUCCGUGAGCUGUUCAAGGUUGGUGAUCGCGUUUGUGGACUCGUCAAGGGCGCAGACAAUACCCGGCGCGAGAGUGGUACCUUUGCAGAAUAUAUUGUGGCGAAGGCUGCAAUUCAGAUGAAGAUCCCAGACGGCGUCAGUUUUGAGGAUGCGGCCACUGUGGGAGUCGGUGCCACUACAGCUGGGCAGUGCCUCUUUGGACCGUCUUGUCUGAAACUGCAGUGGCCAGAGGCACCAAAUCAGAUUGAGAAUCGAGACACGAUUCUAGUAUAUGGAGGAGCCACAUCCGCGGGAAGCUGGAUUAUUCAGUUUGCUAAACUGUACGCCCACUUCCUCAGCUCUAAUGACAUAUCACUCACAGUCGAUAGGGCCGGAUUCACCGUCCUCACAACGUGUUCGCCGAAUAAUUUUGAUCUGGUUCGCCAAUACGGAGCAGAUGUUGUCUUCGAUUAUCACGACCCUGUGUGUGCCCGAAAGAUCCGCGAGCAUACCAGUAAUACCCUCCGAGUCGUCUGUGACACCGUAGCAACUCAGGAGUCUGUGCGGAUUUGCGAAGCGGCUAUCGGUGACGCAGGGGGCCUGUAUCAUUCGUUGCUCCCGGUGCAAACGACACGCGCAGACGUGCAGGCAACUUUUGCAAACUGCUGUACCAUGAUUGGGGAGACAUUUGAGUAUGGUCCUGAUCGGAUGGUAAUUCCCGGAAUGCCAGCAGAGUUUCACUUUGCCAGGAAAUGGGCAGGCAUCGUAAGCACACUCUGGUCUCAGCGAAGGAUCAGGACACUAGUCGUCGAAAAAAGAGAAGGGGGCCUAAGGAAGGUUCUAGACGGCUUAGAAGAUUUGAAGAAUCGGUCUGUCAGAGCUCGGAAGCUGGUGUACCUUGUUUCUGAGACUUAG